GCGGUGAGCGCCAGUCGCUGGCUUGAGAGAGAGGCGUGCGGUUCUCUGCUGCGCCUGAGUUGAACGCACACUCGGCGCGUGCGCCAACCGUUCCAUUUUCAAACAUUCACAUUGUAAGGACUAAGUGACAGUGACCGGAAAACUUGUGUUCAAAAGGGUACUCCGAGUGUUUUAUCUAGACGUUACCUAUACAGUGAGUGUUCUAAACGGAGAUUGUGAGAAUUUUUCUCGUUAUUUGACACACAUAUGACGUGAAUAACGGUGCGAUCAGACUUGAUCGACUCGCUAAAAUCGAAGUGUUAGUGUUUCCUACAGCAGUGUCGGAAUUUUUAACGGACUUGCUUAAGUAAAGAUUGUGAGCGGUUUUGUGGCGUUCUUCUAUCAUUCAAGAGCGAUGUCUCGGUGGAAAGGCAAGCUGAGGUAGCCGGCAGAUGGCAGCAGCGCCGGCGAUGUUCCGGCCGGGGCCACUGGACCCCUGCUACGCUCAAAGGAUAUAUGAUACACCGGAGAGCGCGAAGACGAAGAAAUGGUCAUCAAAAUUGAAACUGAAUACUUCAGGGAGUGUAAAAUCAUCCGAAAAAUCACCGGAAAGCCCAUAUAUGUAUGGAACCAUAAGCAGACCCAGUGGGUCGUCUUUAUCCAAGUCCAUGAAGUACGCUGAAACAUGGUUGUAUGGCUCUGUGAGGACUCAAACCCCACCGAUGAGACCCAGCGUGUUCUCAGCAUAUUCGGAAGUACCUGGCCCUGUUCUAAUAAGUACUCCUCAGAAACCAACACCUCACAAUUACGCUGUAAUACUAUGUUCCUGUCCUGAGUACCUUAAUGGUACAAAGAAAACCAGCUCUACCAAAGUCAGUAUAUGUAAGAAAUGCAAGGGAUCUCGAUUACCUUUAACAAUAGCCGAAAGCCCGCGGAUGUUAGUGGGAGGCACAGUCAGGGGACAUCAAGUGAACAGAGAUGCUGGUUUACUUAGAGCUGGGACGGUCAGGGUUCAGGGAUCCAAGGCGAGACCUUCUAUACUUAAAUCAAAUGGAGAUAACGAUCCUUACGAUUUGAUGAGACGAAGUCGGUUAGCACCUCCACAUGAAGCUCGUAUUGGAAGUCAAUUCUCAACGACUCGUUCACGGGCUAAAAGUAUCAGCCCAUGUAGAGGAAAAAAUAAGAAACCGAGUCCAGAAUCGCAACGUAAAAUUAGAAGUAAAUCUGUGAGUAGAGUCAAUGAAGUCUGGGUUGACGAAGAUAAUAAUGCAAACGAUUCUAAGAAGUCUAUUUUAUCAUGUGACAUCAACCCAUAUGAUCUGGUUAAGUCAAGUGGUCAUUCAAAAUCAUUAGUCGAAAUAGAAUUUGAUGAUGAUUAUGCUGAUAUGUUUCAAGAUGCUCUUAAAGUAGGUAAUCCUAGACCACUGAGUAAAUCCAAGUCAGAUACUAAUGUUAAAGCUAUAGGUGGCCAACGAAUUCGUAUAUCAGACGAAUCCAAGACUUACGCUAUACAAGAUAUAACUUCUUACGACUCCUUAAACUGUGAUCUCAAAAAUUUUGAAAUGAAAACGCAGGAAAUACCUUCCUUAUUACCAAAUAUUAAAACUGAGAGCAAUAAAUCGUUGCCUGUGAACAAACACACUAAUAAAAAGACUAUUAACUUAUCUCUCGCAAAUCGUACAAAACAGAAAAGUAUUUCUCCAAAAAGACCGCCGAGAAGAGUACGAAAUGCAAGAACCGACGAUGAUAGUGAAAGUGACAACCAACGUCUACCAGAACGUAAUUAUGUUAGAAAAGCGACCUCAGAUAACUCACGAAAUUUAAAAUAUAAAACAAAUAGCUCUGAAAAUAUAAAGUCUAUACUAAAAAAACCAAGAAAUUACGAUUUAUAUAUGGCCAAUCCAAAACCAGAAACAUCCGACGAAUCGUCUGAAAAGAAACGAAGCAAUGCUUCACAGUUCUAUCUUCCUAAGCCAAAGGAGAAAGGCUUUACUACGACACAAAAUAUGUUACAACGAAAACGUGUCCAAUUUUUGGUAGAAAAUGAAGAAACAAAAGUUAUUUACACUGCAGAAUUCAAUCUUCAAGAAAAUACAGUUAGAGGAAUACCAGGAGAUAUACCAGUAGACGUGGAAGACGACAUCGUAGCAGAAGGUGAUAUUGUCAGCCACAGUUUGACAGAGGUUGACGUUGAACUAGCUAAAUUAAUCACACAGAGUACAGGAAAUGCUCCAACCCUUUAUGAAGACGUACAAGUGAAUAACAAUUUUGGAGCUAUUGCGGAAGACACCAGCCCCGUUGAAACCAAUGUCUUUUCAAAUAAUGCGACGAACUCAACAGAAGAAAAUGUAGCAGAUAACGAAUUACCAAAAGUACCUGUUCUGCGUCGCUCAGAAUCAGAAAGACUAACUUCGAUUAUGUCAGUUGCACCUCCUAAAUUUCUGGACAGUAUGGCGUUGCGUCCCAAACCUAAACAUGGACAUACAAGUCAAGUCUUUUUGGGAUCUCUUAAUGAAUACGAACAUAACAAAGAUAAUAAUUUACGAAAUGAAUCACCGCAAAUAAAUAAUUCUCAACUGGUUGAAAAAAUUGUAUCUCAAAAUAAUGAAGAAUCAGGAAACCUAAGUGAUAAUAGUGACAUAACACAGAAAAUUCUACAUAAUUUGCGACGAGGUAUAUCAGAAUCUCCUGAGCCGCCUCCUAGGCUCAAAGUAAAGGACCGUAAAUUAAAGAAAAAUAAUUAUGUAAAAACUCGAUUCAUUAGAAAUAAUUCUACAAGUUCUACAAGCGACGAAUGGUCUGACGCAAAUGAUAAUGAACAAAGAACUGUUUUACGAGUAAAACAAUUUGAUUCAGAUGAGGGUGAAGAACCCAGUACUUCAAUGGAAAUAACAGAAAGUGAGCCUAGAAAAACAUCUAUUCAGAUAAGCGGCAAUGAAUGCUAUUCAACAAUGAAUGUCAGUAACGAUACGCCUAUUUAUCUUUCUUCAGUCGUGGUUAAUGACGAUUCAGGAAACACGUGUGAUACUUAUCAGACUGGAACCUCAGUUACGAUUAGUGUUGGAACUCCUCAAAAAGAAAUAAAAAAAUCUAAGAGUCAGAUCUAUAUAGGAACGUCAUUGUCUACCCGUAGAGAAAAGAAAGAGGAGUCAAAUACAUACGAAGAGUAUUACAAUCAAUCAAUUAAUUCUAAUAAUACAUCUAAUUCAUUCAAUGACCUCAGUACAUCUGAUAUGUCCACAAUACUAAAUGAUCCUGUACAAGCUGUCAAAUUAAACCUUGUUCCACACGUUUGUGGCAAAAAUAAUAAUUUAUUGGAUAACAGUGUUGAAUCUUUUGAUCAAUCUCCGGAUGAGAAACAGUCACAAAAUGGAAAUUUCGUUAGUAAACUCUUUGACGAUCCAUUCUUUGGCCAUUUAGCAGAAGGUCUCGACUCAGGUUUAGUAAAAAAAUUAAUAGAAAAUUCGCUUAUUAAACUUCAAGAGACUAAACACCACGAUGGACCAGAAACACAAGAAAUCACUAUUGGGGAAUUGAUUGAAAGCUCUUUAACGAAUCUCAAAGAAGAAAUUAAUAAAAGAGAAGAGACAAAAAUGAAUAAUAAUGUCAACGAACAGAAUAGCGCCAGAGAUGACGAGUCGGACAAGAAAGCAGUCGACACGUCAGCUUGUCUAGAAAACGACGACAACGGCUGCUCUGCUCCCUAUGAAAGUAUGGAGUAUGAAAGCGGUGCUAUGGGAGUAUUUUCAGACCUUGAACCUAUGUCAGACUGUUAUAAUGCGUCCGCGAGCGAACUUUCUACUGAAGAUGACACCACUUCAACAAGAUCUAAAUUUUAUCAAAUGUUAGUUGAUGCUGCGCUAUGCGAUAUCGAGAUAGCAAGCAACACUGAUGAUGAUCAUCACUAUGAAUCAAUCCGUCUUAACAGUGAUCCUAUUUAUGAAGAAAUUGGUGAUAUGCCACCCCCAUUACCAGUUAAUCCUCCUCCAACAUCAUUGUCAAUAUUAGACGAAGAGAAACGAUGUGGUUCGCGGUCGAUUUUUGAAGGAGCAUCAAAAUAUGAUAUUUUAUCCUAUUUGGUUGAUGCUAAAGAAAGAGGUAUCGAUGACGAAGAUACGUAUAUUACCAGUUUCGGCAAUGAAAACGAUUCACUGAAUCAAUCCAAAGACAAACUAAUAAAUUCAGAAAUAAAUGCCCGUCUAAGCAGUAAUACAAGCCAUCUAUCAAACGCAUCUGAUUCGAGUGAAGACAAUUCAUUAAUUAUUAACCAUGACAGUAUAGAAAAAACUCUUGUUUGUAAGAAAACAUCCGCUGAAAUCGAAAGAAACGAUUCUGGUGUUGGUUCAGAAACAAGUAAGUCAUCUAGAAGUCGACUACAGGGGAAAAUAUCACCGUGCAAUACAUUGACGGAUAAAGACACUCCAAUACAUCUCUGUGAAGAUUGUGAUACAACGGUUGAGACGCAAGUUACAGAACAAGGUUCUUUAUAUGCUCCACUACUAUGCCGAAAAUGCGCGAAGAAACGGUCAGAGAGAAAAGAAAUCAUAACGGAAAUUGUAGAGACUGAGGAAAAGUAUGGGCGGGAUUUGCAAAUUAUUCUUGAGGAGUUUUACAAACCCAUGUUGGUCGCGGGCUUACUUAAUCAAGAACAAUUAAGUGCAAUUUUCCUUAAUGUUGAAGAACUUAUUGAAAAUAAUCAAGUGUUGUCUGAAAAAUUAAGAGACGCCCUCGAAAUUGCGGUUGACCAAGGAGAUGAGGACUUAUUGACAGUCAACGUGGGGAAGAUACUUCUUGAGUGUUCUGGCAUGCUGACAGCAUUCCAGUCAUACUGUGUGAAACAAGCGGGCGCUGCGCUUCUAUUAGCGGGCCUUGAAAAAGAUAAAGAACUUCUUCGGAUAUUUUUGCGAGUCUCACAAAUGGAAAACACUGUUUUGAGGAGGAUGAACUUGAACUCUUUCUUAAUGGUACCUGUACAACGUGUAACAAAAUAUCCGCUCCUGCUAUCGCGGCUUCAUCGUUCAACGGCCGCUUGCGCUGCUGAAAGGGAUGACGUGCGCAGCGCCCAGCGUUGUGUCGAAUCCAGACUGGAGGAGAUGAACGCAGCAGCGGCAGCGGCGGCAGCUGCAGCUAGAGAUGUCCCCUUGUGGAGAAGACUUGCCGCGGCCAGAAGAACCGCACACGAUCUCCACGUCGCCGAUAUCAGGCUAAGAAAAAUGGCCGUUGACGUGCUUGACUGGAAUCACGAUGAUGCAAGGUUCGCAAUGGAAGGGAAGCUUCUGUUCACCCAGCCGAAUGACAACAACUGGCGGAAAGGACGCACAAUCAAGCUGACGCCCAUCAACGCCCUUUUGGUAACUAACGGAAAGCCAACGAUUACGCACAAAACGAACGAGAUCCGCGAAACCAGAGAAGCAAGAGAUCGCGAAGCGAGAGAAAGAGACGGCGAUGCUCUGUUUGCACGGAGUGGUGUGAGAGAGGCUGCUCUUCUUCUAGUGAGAGAGAAGGCGGGAAGAUACACGCUGCAGAGAGAACCGCUUUUCUUGGAUAGGUGCGUGGUGGCUGCGGAUCAUGAACCCGAACAUUUUUUCGAAGUUCACGAGAUUACUACUAAGGAUUCGUAUAUUUUCAAGGCAGAAGAAAGCUCGCGCACGCGCACUUGGUACCGUCAGCUGCAGUACCACGCCCAAGGCGCCGGCGCAUGGCGCAAGCGGCGCAACGCGUUAGCUAACAUCAUGAUCAACCCGAUGCUUACUAGAAAUUAACUCGAACACUCUUCACUUCACUUGAAAUACUUAUUAUAUUUAUCCUUUCCAACACUUUCUGCUGAGAAGGUCAAAGAAAGAUGUAUGUUGUCCUGAGCAGCAAAAUAAUCUACUAUCUAGAAAGUGCCCGGCGAAAAGAUUGAUGACCUUUAGAUACCAAUUACUACAACUUACUAAUUAGGGUUUCAUAGAAUCCAGCUAGAAUUAUACAUAUUAUUAUACAUUUUCGUAAAUCACACACCAAUCAUUCAUGCAUAUUUACUUUUAAUUUAGUUAGCCCAAAUGAUCUUUUUUACAGUAACUGCUGGAAGACAGUAAGAGAAACAAAGUAAUAAUUUUGUUUUUAACGAAAACAUCGUAUUUAAAACAUGGUCUAUUUACUGUUAACAUAUAUUCCCGUUAUGUAAAUCAGUCAAAUAAAAAGGUACCACAUUGUUGCUUGCCAUAAGAAAGCUUUGACAGGUUACUCGUAUAAAGAUACGAGCAAAUUUCAUCCUUAUGGUAAGCGACAAUGUGGUACAUUUUGCUUGAGAACGUCACAUUUAGAGGAACGCAAAAAAAAGGUUUAAUUACUGGAUUAAUUUAAGUAAUUUCAAAAUUGGUAAUUAAACUUUUUUCUGCGUUCCUCUAAAUUUGUCCAUGAGUGUAGUAUAAAUAAUAUAUUCGAAGUAUUUUAAGUAAAUUGGGAGCUUGUUUUAAAAUUCGAGGUAAAAUCCAUUUCCCAUAUAACUGAAAAUUCUUUUAAAAUUAAAUUCCCGCUUCAAAAUAGUUCUAGUUCAAAAAUCAAUAGAUUGCUACAUGCAUUUACAUUGCAUUUUGAUGCGUGAAUGCUCUAACUACGGUAUUUUAUGUGUGGCAUAAAAUAAUAAAAUUGUAAGUGGUUAUUUCUAAAUACAUAGAGUUUUUUUAACAUACUUAUCACAUAGGUACAGAGUCAACCAAUUUGAUUCAUAGGUCACUAUAGAACCAUGUCAUAAAGAAUUAAUUUGUUUGUCUUCUACGACAGUACUUAUAGAAUAAUGUAAGUAUGUAUCUAAUAGUAAAAGCGACAAGGUUCCAUAGUGGCCUAGGAAUCAAAUUGGUUGACUGUACUUAGCUCAUCGGUUUUUGCCAUUCGAGAAAAUGCAUUUCAUGGUUGCUUUUGUUUUAAAUAUACCUACGUUGAUACUUAGGGAAAAUUAUUGUUUGGACCGAAAGGUUAUACGAGUAUAUAUUUAAGCUUACACAUUCCUAUAUAAUUUCAUAAUUAUUUAUGUAUCGAUUAGUUCACAAAAUAAUUAUUGUUAUUUGUAAAUAAUUCUAAUAUCAUUUGCCAAUAGUUUUAAUGUUAGCUUUACACCAAAAUAUAGUUGUUGAAGCCAUGUACCCUAUAUUUAAAAAGUAGUUAUAAUUGUAUAAAAACUAACUAAUAAUUUCGGGUUGUUUCAUAACAUUUCAGGCUUACCUUAUUUGGUUGAAAUGAAUCUAAAAUACAUAAAUAAUUGAGACCGAGUAAUGUUAUUGUACAUAAUAAACUUAAUAGCUGUGAUAUCCUUUUCUGUAAUCAAAAAUUAAGUUGAAUAAUGCUUGUUUUUGUGGCUUCUUACAUAAUUAUUCCUAAAACUUUGAAUAAAACUACAUAAUAACUACUUAACUAGUCUUAAGAAACGUGUGUAAUACAUAGGUACCUAUUUAAUUUAAGAUAAAGUUUAUAAAAUGGUAUAUAUUUAUUGUAUGUGUUAAAAUUAUGAGUUUUCAAUAUUUUCAGUACCUUAUCAUAUUAUAUGUUAGAAAUUAAACGAUCAUAUCACCUUUGGAAUAUAUUGUAUUUAAUUACAUUAAGUUAGUAGUGCAAACAUGAAAAUAAAUGAUGAAAAAUAUAA